UGUCAAUGUAAUUGAUUCCAUCUUCUGAUGUAUUUUUUAUUCUUUAUUUGGUGAAUGCAUUCUUUAGUUUUAUUUUACGCAUAUGGUUACGGAAUACGCUGAUACGACAGCCGUUCUUUGAAUCCGAAGAAGAAGUUUAGUCAUGUUGUUGGAGUAGAUUGGGUUGGCUCUAUUGGUUACAUGUAUGUCUUGGCAGGUAUUGAUAACCUCUACAUUUUAUUCAAUAAAAAAUGACGGAAUUCUCUCGCUCCCUAAAUCUCCUCAUGACUUCGCUGAUCUGAAAUCGACUUUGGAUUUACUAUUUUGCUAUCAGCAUUUUAUUUUGGAACUUGGCCAUGAAGCUCAAUCUGCCUUGCAAAAACGACAAGACCUCAAUCAAAUUUGUGAAGCCACUGAUGUUUCUGAUGAAAUCGAGGCUUACCAGCAACACAAUAUCUAAUUAACUCCAACAAAGCACAAAUCAAAACAAGAAGACUAGAUCUUGCAAAAUGGCCAAAAUGAUUGCUAUUGAUCAUGACAACGAAAUCAGAUGUAUCUCUUGUUAUGAUCUCCUUCAUGGGAAACAAAAACAACUCCAGCGGUUUUUAAGUCAAGAAUUGGGUGUGUCAAGCGGGCGAAGUAGCUUUUUUUUUUUCAAUCUUCCUCCUUUUUUUUUUUUUUUUUCUAUCAUCCUCAUAUCCCGGUCAAGGCGCUUUCUCUUUUUUUCUUAUUUUUUAUUUAUUAUGUUUUUUUUUUAACCUUUCU